CUUCGUUCAAUCGUCAGACGCGACACAAACGGUCUUUGACUCUUCCGACUCAAUCAAUGUGAUUCUUUACGUCGCUGUCUCCUGAGACCGUUCAACAUACACACCUGCAUCCACACUACCCGCGCGAAGCGCGGGCUCGCGCUAGUACAUACAUAUACGCUGUCCGUCUGUCUGACUGCAGUGCCUGACAAAUGGAUAAAUAUAGACACAUACACACACACAUCUGCCUAUCUAUCUAUGUGUAUGAUGUGGAGGGGGCCGAAAAAGGAGAGGCAAGGUGGACGGAUCGAUGCCCUAGCUAGUCACCUGCAUACACACAUACACACAUUCUGAUUCCCACUCUCGCUCACCACACGCAACACCCCACACACACCACCCAGUCCGCGCCUCCCUCUCUCUCUCUCUCUGACUCACUUCGGUCCCUUCAUGUGCAUCACUUGCUGGAUAAAGUCCGCCCCCAUUCCCCUCGGCACGUUGACCACACGAUCUCUCAUCAUGAUGGCAUCCGACGCCUCCCGCAGCCGAUUGAUCAUGUCCACCUUGGCCGUCAGAAACAAGGCGAUCGUGGUCUGCACGUCCAAGGCCAAGUUCAGUGUGGCCAUGCAGGGUGGAAAGCGGUGCACCAGCUCCCCCGCCCCGGGCGUGACACCGAAGUAGCGCUCGAGGACGGGGUGCGGGAGGGGGUAUCGGAUACUGAUGGCCACAGGCUGCUGUGUGUCCCCAUGGCGGUCCAGGGACACGUAGCGGGCCUCUCCCGUGGCCACCAGCUGGUCGAAGCGAGACACCAACGCCUCCGCGGAGCCGUCACCUGAAUGCACGCACACCCACACUCAUGUGAAAUAAAUAUUCAUUCGUGGGCAUGCUCACUGCAGUCACCGGUGGGCACGUCCGUCGCAGCUGUCACAGACUCGGAUUGGAAGUGAGGCGCAUGCCCUCUACACGGCACGGCAUGGCAGGCACAGAGAGAGAAUCGAUGCGCUGGGUAGAGCUGGCUGCCUCGUGUUUGCUUGUGCUCACAUACAUGGCUGUCAGCUUGUCGACCAUGGCACGGAGAGGGGCCAGAAGUACAGGGGUUUCUGAGCGACGAGCCAUGCGGGAGAGCCAUGCAGGCAGGGAGGCAACAUAACUACGGAUGCGAUGCGGGCCGACCCUUCCACCCACCCACCCAUGCACCCAUGCACACACAUGUCUGUAUACGCACGCGUACCUACGUACCUACCGAUGUCUGGGUUUCAUGUAGAUAGCGGAACACGAAAGCGCUCAGAUCCUUGACCUCGUCGUUGAACCGAUCCAUGAACUCCUUGACCUUGUGUCUCGGCAGGCCGUCCUCCCUCUCCAAACGCUCCGCACACCGCCGACUGCACACACACACACACACACACGUAUGAAUGUCCACACACCAUAGCUACCACCUGGGCCCUCAUGUCAUGUGCCAGGCCCCUCCCCCAGCCCCCAUACUGACAUGAAGAUCUGAUAGUCCUUUUUCUCUCGCUUGACGCGCCUGUUAGCACUCCUCCGCCCCUCGUUGGGCUUAGCGGCCUGGAGGGCAGUCGCCAGCUCAUCGCCCAUCUCAUCCAACAAGUCCAGCAUACAGACAUGAAGCCAGUCGACUGCAUACACAUAAUGCAACCAUUCACCACAGCCGUUGGAUAGACGCGCCCACUCUGUGUCCUUGUCCACGCACCUGAUAUGCCCUGGACCAUCUUGCGGUUCUGCAGGUUCUCGACGAAGCGGACCCAGCUGAUCGUCGCUGAUUUGGUGUCGGCCAGACUCUUCAGCAGCAUGUCCUUGGCAGCACUUGGGAUCGGACGCCCGCACUCAUCCAAAGGUAAGUCAUCAAAAGUCAGCUGCACCAGGGCAGCCUGGCAUAGGAACAUCCAACCACCGAUCCUCAUGUGAACGUUGUUCUGCAUGGCCGUCUUUUCGCUCACCCGAAUGCCGGUGGCAGUGCGGAUGGCGUACUCGACCCCGAAUGCGAUGGGCUGGACAUCACGAGAUGCCACAGUGCCACUCGGAGGGUCAGGCAUCUUCACGAUGACCGCCACUUGCAGACAGUCCACACGCGGCCCUUCCUUGGAUGCACGCAAGUACCGAUUGUCGCUCUCGUCGAGCGUCACCGCACAAACGCUCUCGGGAGCAAUGAGCUCGUCCGACCAUGACACGGGGAGACGGACACUCUUGACGGCACUCACUAUGUCGCGGUGGAAGGCCAUGCGGCCGCUGCCGCAGUCGAGCAGCUGCUGCACGGACCCGAGAAGGAAUAGCUGCCCGCCGUGCAUGAAGCCGAUGUCGGCGGUGCGCAAAAAGAUCGGCGGCGACUCGUCCCCUGACCGAUCGAUGAAUGUCUGGCGUAAGGUGGUCUCGGUGCCGUCUUGGUCACGGUAGUAGGCCAUGGCCAAACUGAACGGACAAGACACCAACAAACAACACAGAUCGACACACACAGUGACUGACCAUGUAGCCGCCCCCUGCUGACUGCACUGGCUGGGCUGACCUUUUGGAGGCGACGAAUAUGAUGCCGUGCUGUCCGCCUUGCACCUCUCGGUUGGUGGCGGGGUCGACGAUGCGCACCUCAGUGCCCUCCAGGGGGUGCCCACACGAAACCAGCACGUGGUGCUGGUCAUUCAUGUCGCCGGGCGAGGGCUCAGAGGUCGUGCUGCUGCUGCCGGCCGCCGCAGCCGAUGAGUGGUCGAUCUGCUCCUUGCGCACCUGAUGCGGCAAUGAAGGCAAUGAGGGGCUCUUUCUGGCGUCUUGGCGUCUGGCCUUUCCCACGUACCAGGUGAAUGCGGCCCUUUGUCGCGAGUGUCCGCUUGUCGAUGGUCACCACACGGAGAGGAUUGCUGGCCGCCCCGCGCCUCUUGCCGGUGACGAAGCCGAAGCACUCUGGCACACCAUACGACGGCACGAAAGAGCCACCCAUCACCUGCAUGAACUGAGAACACACCCACACGUCACUCACACGUCAGUCGGGCGCAGGCCAGGCUCUAACUGACCUGUGUGUGUUCCUGCGUACCUUGACGAAGUUGCGCAUGUCGGUCAGCCGCCCGUGGGUGAGGAUCGUGGGGGGCCGUCCCCACAGGCCGAGACGGUCCGAUGCGAACCGGGCAGCGGCCGCCUGCAUGUCUGCGUCUUUCUCGAGCUCCUUGCAUAAGGCGGAUAAGGCGCGCAUGUCCCUGAAAACAGCACUGCCGCACAAUCCUCCAGCCACACCCGGCAGCGUUUUGAACAGGCACUGCACGUUCAACACAGACAAACACACAAUGAGGGAGGGAGGGAGGGAGGGAGGAUGCCAGCAUGUCUGUAUUAUGUGUGCCAUAUAUCUUUCCUACUGGUAAUGGGUGAGUGUCAAACUCUGCAGGCGACACGACAUAGACCUGUCGGUUGACACACACACACACACACACACGUCUGUCUGUCUGUCUGUCUUUCUGUCUGUCUGUCUGGCUGUGUGUCUGCCCUGCCCCACUCACUGACUGACCUUGAAGCCGAGGUAGAGACUUGAGAGGAGGAAGAAGAGGCCCUCACCGAAGGUCGGCGGCAACGGGACGGACACCUGGAAGCACCCAAAUGGCUGGAGCACAUGCCGUGCGGUGAAGAAGUCCACAGCCUCUUGUAGCGUCUCGCCCUCAAAGGACACCAGCUUCCUGAUCAUGGCUGAGCGAUAGUUGACUUGCAGCCCUCUCUGGCCGCUCUCCUCUUCCAGCAUCUUGAGCGUCGCACUCACCGCCUCACUCACCGCCUCCUUCUCAGCUGCCUGCAUCGACUGCCGCUCCAGCACUUGGCUGCCCCAGUCUGACAUGGCCGCGAAGCCCAUGACCCCCUCGAAGAGCGCCCCAUGAGUGAAGGUGAUGGCCCGCUUGGCCCCCGUCACCUGCACGAUGGCCGGGCUGUGCACAUCAACAACGUCCACACACAGGGGGGCCUCGUGGGAGAUGGGGGGGUCUGGGAAUUCCCCAGAGUGCGGUGCACAUCCAUUUGACGUGGGGCGACAGUGCCGCCACGACACAGCUCCCGGCCUUCUUGAGCAGCUCCGCGUAGAAGCAGUCAGUGAUGACCAGUGUGGCCUUGCUGAACUUGAUCUUCUCGGUCAGCUGCCGCAACUCACCCGCACAUCUCGUGUCAGCGGGGUCGAGGAUCACUGCAACCAAACCCCUCCCCUACACCACACACGCGCACACAGACAUGGAUGGAUGGAUGGAGCCGAACACAAGUCCGUCCAUAUAUCUAUCUACUCAUCCCCACCAGGCAGGCAAUGAGAGUGGCGACGAACUCCGUUUGCGGCGCACCGGGCGAAAACACGAGCCCCACCCUUGCCCCAGGCUGCAGCUCCACCAUGCUGAGGACCAUCGCCACCUUCUUGAUGUGAUGCGCCAGGACCCGAUAAGACACCUCAGCCCCCUCCACAGCCUUGUUAGCGAAACCCUUCGUGUCGGUGAUCCAACCUAGUGCAAUGCGGUCGGGGUGCUGCCUCGCCCAGUGCUCGACGAUCAUGCGGUAGAAGCUGAGAGGGCGAGAGGUUACGGUGGGCGCGGCGGCGGGUGCGUGUGAGGGGUGGGAUGAGUCGGCUGGUGUCGGUGUCGGGGCGGCGGUCGAUGGCUCACUCGGGGUGUCCUUCUUCUUCGACUUGGGCAUCGUGAUGGAGUGACUGAUCUCGUGUCGUGUAGGCUGGCAAACAAGAGCCUCGCCGUGCCGUGCCGUGACGGUGCCAACCUGCGGAAACGGAAGCAGGCGUGGAUAGAAUGAGAGAUCAUCUGACCACAAUUGCAUCGGCGCAGCGAACGUACGGGACCCACCUGUGUUGCAGACACCUGCUGGUCGAAAAACACACAAAACCUGAAACCACAGCCUGGAGCUAAGGAAUGGCGCCCAGAUGAGCAUCUCUAAGCUCGCAAAUGGACAGCCGCCUGUUCCCGCCUGUUUUCGGCGCACGACCCGAGUGGUGAGACGCGAGCACAUGCAUUGUCACCGUGCCACCGGUUUUCAUCCAUUGUUCGGCUCUUAAGAACAGUCGAGCCACCGGCGGGAGCAAGUAGCAGCAGACCGCAAAUCAGCCCUUCGAGGAG